AUGAUUCAAGAAAAUGAGUUAGAUAAUAGUUCGGAUAUUAAUAAAGCAUGUGACCCCAAAGUAAAAUACUUAACUGAAAAUUAUAUUCCUAAAACGAAAAACCCUAUAGAAGAAACAGAUGCUGCUUUAGAUGAAUUAAAGGAAGAGGUGUCUCAGGAAGAGAAAAGUGAUGUUAAAAGUGGGAAAGGAAAAUCGCAAAAUGUAGAGGAACAGAAGAAUUCCAUUCCUAAAGGAAGAAGAAAAAAUCCACAUAAGAAAAUUCAGGAAAUCAAAGAGAGUAAUGGAAAAAUUAAUGAUUCCAAAAUCCCCACUUCAGGACCAAAAAGUUCUAGAAAAAGAAUGAAUUCAGGAUAUGAGAUAUUAGUUGAAUAUAAUGCUGCUGAAACAGAAAUAACAAUAGUAAAAAAAAGUAAACAGAAAGAGAAACUUCCAGCUAAAGAACUGGAUCCUGGUAUGUUUGAAAAACUUAAAGGAAGACAAGCCAAAGGAAAAUUUACUAAUACUGAAAUGCAUAUUGUUUUAAAAGAUGGCCUACCUAUUUCUCUGAUACCCAGACGUUUACCAAUUAUAGAUAAUCAAAGUGUCCAAUUAAAAGAAGAAAAAUCUAUUUUACAAAUGGAUUUGGAUGCUUCUGAACAACAAAUUAGAUCUUUGGAAAGAAAACUUUCUGUAUCAAAACAGACUGUAGAAAUGUUACAGAAGCAACUAUCAGAAGCAAAGAAUAAAGUAGAAGCUGCAAAAUUUCAGAGGAGAACCAAAGAUAAAAUUCUGCCUGAGAAAGAAAAUGAAGUUGAAAAUGUUAAAUUGAAAAUGUUAGAAAUGCUAGCGUUUCUACGAGAAAUUCUUAAUGCUGAUGAUUGGGAACAUUAUGGAGACCUGUGGGAUGCUGCUGCUGUUCCAACACCAUCUAGUGUGACUUCAAUUUACAAAUCAACUAAACUUAAGGCAAGGUUAUACAAAAGGCAUAAAUCUUUCCUUGAAGAACCUUCUGUCCCCAAAACAAGAUUUCCUAAAGCAAUAUCAGUUAAU